AUGCGCAAAGUGGACCAUGUGCCCGACCUGGGCGAGGCGACGAGGCUGCAGAGGAGGCGCUUCAAAGAGCUGCAGCGGCAGAGCCACUUGUUCGAUCCCCGGACCCGGAUAAUCGGGGUCGACUUGGAAGGUCUAGCUGUGCAAGUCAAUGAUAAAAGGAUUCAAGAAGCAACUCAAAGAGCAUGGGAUGACUCAAUCGCUGCGGAAAUGAAGCAGAACGACAAGAUCAUGUGCAUUUUAGAUCAACGACAGAAAAGAGACGCUCUAAAUGUAGAAAAAGCUCUCAAUGAAUUUCGCCAAAGUUAUCAGCAGCCAGAAACACGCCGUGAGUUUGACCUGUCUGACCCCCAAGCCCUAAAGAAAGAUGCUCCCGCUCGUAUGGCAGACAGUGACCCUCGAUGUACCGCGUCCGGCUUGCAGAAGUUAAUGGGAGAAGAUCUGAACAGCGCGAAUAGGAAGAGAUAUCAGCAGGAGCAAAUGAGGGAAUGGCUUCUGGAACAACACAAAGACUGGACGAAUGCACUGGCAGACCGAAAAUAUGCAGAUGGUCUGCAUGAUGCACACAGAUUGGACCUUGACCAAAAGGCUAUGGACCUUCAGAGGAAAGAUGAAGAAACAAGAAAAAAUAUUUGUGUGGCUACUAAGGAAUUCAAUAGAACACAGGCCGUUGAAUCUGGAGAAAAAAGGAAACUAGAAAAGCAGCAAGAACUAGAAGAUAACAUAGCAGAGAUUUCAAAUGCACUGAAAGGAGACCUGCUGUCUGAAAACCCACAGCAAGCUGUCAGCUCCUUUGGCUCACAUCGAGUGGUCACUGACCGAUGGAAAGGGAUGAGUCAAGAUCAGCUGAAAGAAAUACGAGACAUUCAGCUGCAACAGGUCCUUGAGAAGCUGAGGCUGGAGGAAGAGGAACGUCAGAGAAGUGCAGAGUGGGACCGGCAGCGCAUCCAGGCUGCCCGCGCUCAAUUGCUCUUUGAGCGCCACCAGCAACGCCAGAAUCGAGAACUUCGGAGAGGCCUGGAUAACCUUAAUGCUCAGCUCUCCCAGGAUCAGAAAAGAAGGAGAUCUACCCUUGAUGAAGAAGCAUAUGCCAAUUUUCCAUCUGGGCAGUAUUACACACAGUUUAAUACAACUAGCCGAUGAUGUUGGCGCCAAUAAUAAUUUUUUAGAUGUGUAUCUCAAAUGUUGCUUGUGGAAAUAUUUGAAGAAAGUAAAUAUGUA